GUGGCCAGUUUAUUAUUCCAUCUCGUGUAACAAAUCAAGUCUUUCUCUUUCUCUCUCUUCUUCUUCUACAAGAUGAUGUCUCUUCACAUUCCAUUGCUUAAUAACGCCAGUGUUCUCUCUGAAGCAGUUUCUGUACUCAAUGGUGCUCAUCUUGGCAUGAACAGCGCCAUUGGGAGAUUAUUUAAGCAACAGAAACUGUACGAAAGAGAAAAAGGAGGAGGAACAUCACACAGAGCUAGUACCACUCCAUUGCUGAAAGAGUUGAACAUCACUACUGAUGUGAUGUCACAAUUGAGAGGAGAGUGGCCUAUCGGGUCACAUGACUGCCGUGUGACUGACAUUAUUCAUUCUAGUGGUUUAAAGAAGUUACGAAACCCUUAUUUACUAUUUGGUAGUAUGACACGUAGGUGUUAUUCCACAGCUGCUUUCACAAGGAGUUCCAGAAAUAAAAACUACAGCGGCUUGUUAACUACCAGGUGGAGUAGUAGAAGAGUCUCUGAUUUUCGAAUAAUGCAGCUGGAAACGAGAGCUAAUUCUGAGACUGAUAACCCAACGGCCCAAGCACUCUACCUUGCUGCUGUCUGUGAGACUGAUCCAGAGUAUGUCAUUAGAAGGUUUGAGAGUGGACGAUAUGCCAUCAAUGAAGAGGUGAGAUCCAUCUAUCAGAAGGCCAUCAACUUGACAACAUCUAAUUCUGAUAAUUAUUAUAAAAACUUUGAUAUGAAGUUUCCAUUUGGACAACAAAUGCUGUCAGACAAUGCUAGUAGUGGCACUGGACAUAAGGACAGUCCACUUCAUGUUGUCGUCCAAUCAACAAAAGGUGGUGGCAUUAUACGAGAGAUAUGGUACUUUGCCAGGUUCAUUAUUUUGGCAUUUCUUAUUACAACUUUUGUCUCGUCAGCUUUAUUCACUCAAAUGAAAGGAGGAACUCAACAAAUGACUAAAGACUUCCGACCUGAUAUGACCGACCGAGAGUACAAGUUUGAUGACGUCCAAGGAAUUGACGAGGCUAAGGCGGAGGUUCAAGAGAUGGUUGAGUUCCUUAGGAACCCGAGCAGGUUUAAGAAGCUGGGAGCAAAGUUACCCACUGGUAUGCUACUGAUUGGUCCUCCUGGUACUGGUAAGACUUUACUGGCUAAAGCUAUUGCAGGAGAAGCCGAUGUUCCUUUCUUCUUUGCAUCCGGCAGCGAAUUCGAUGAAAUGUUUGUUGGAGUAGGAGCAGCAAGAAUUAGGAAACUUUUCGAACAAGCGAGACGUAGCAAACCCUGUGUGGUAUUCAUUGAUGAGUUGGAUGCAGUGGGAGGGGCCAGAAUAACGAGUGCUAUUCAUCCUUACUCCAGAAUGACACUGAACCAGCUGCUAGUGGAGCUGGACGGUUAUAAAGAAUUGGAGGGUGUGGUUGUCAUUGGAGCUACCAAUUUCCCAGAAUCACUGGAUAAGGCGCUGGUAAGACCUGGAAGGUUUGACAUUCACAUUCACAUUGACAUGCCUGACGUGAAGGCGAGACACAAUAUACUAAUGGUCCACUCUAAAAAGAUAAAACUUGGACCUGACGUCAGUAUGGAGAAACUAGCAAGGGGCACUAUUGGUUUCUCAGGGGCUGAUUUAGCUAACUUGAUAAACCAGGCGGCACUGAAAGCAUCAGCUGAUGGAAAGACUGAAGUGACAGAGGAAGAUAUGGAAUAUGCAAAGGAUAGAAUAUUAAUGGGUCCUGAGAAGAAGAGUGCUGUCAUUGAACGAGAGAAUAAAGAAAAGACAGCUUACCAUGAAGGGGGACACGCCAUUGUAGCAAUGUUCACUCCAGGGGCUCUACCCAUUCACAAGGCUACUAUUGUACCACGUGGGCCAGCACUAGGAAUGGUUGUUAUGCUGCCUGAGAAAGAUCAAUUGUCAUGGACCAAGAAACAGCUGCUGGCUAGUAUGGAUGUUGCUAUGGGAGGAAGAGUAGCUGAGGAGAUAAUGUAUGGAGCAGAGAAUGUUACCACUGGAGCCUCUUCUGACUUCAAAAAAGCAACAGAUAUUGCUACAGCCAUGGUUACUAAAUAUGCAAUGAGUGAUGCUGUUGGUCCAGUGUUUCAUCAAAAUAAGGACAAGGUUAGCUCAACAACACAAAAGAUAAUUGAAGAUGAAAUUAAAAGAUUGUUAAAAGAGAGUCAUGACAGAGCUUACCAGCUGCUAAAGACUCAUGCUACAGAACACAAAAGACUAGCGGAAGGUCUAUUGAAAUACGAGACUUUAGAUUUAGAAGAAAUUAAACAAGUGAUCAGUGGGAAGCCAUUAUCAAGAUCAGUAUAAACCACACCCAUUGUCCCUCUCUUGUGUCGUAUUGUCAUUGCAUUCAUUUAUGUAUUAUAUUAAUAAUAAUAAGAAAUAAUAAUAAUAAUAAUAAUAAUAAUAAUAAUAAUAGUUCAGCAAUGUUUUUAAUAGGACAAGAAGCAAAUCUAUAAGAAA